UCCUGGAGAACCGUUUAAGAUCAGACUUAAUCUGUUUAACUUUUAUUCUGAAACUCGGUCGAAGCGCGGUGGGGUUAGGGUCGGAGCCGCUCUCUUCUACCGGAUGCUGUGGCGACUCGUGUCGGUGCGGUGUUGCGCUUUCCUGUUUACGGGCGGGAAGAGCGAACGGAGCUGACUGUGGAGGCUGCAGGGUUUAAAUCUCCCGCACACUGGUUUUAAUCGUCCCCCGUGCCGAUGCUUUACCCGUCGCGCUGAAACGCGGGGCGUCGCGAGGCGUGCUGAGCUGCCCCCCGGGUGCCGCGGCUGAACACUGAGGGGAUUGGUGCGGCGCGCGGGGCAGAUGGAGGGUCCUCCCGCUGGUUCUGGCGGUGGCGGCGGCGUUGGUGCGGGUCCGGCGGAGGGCCCCACGGUGCAGGUUGCGGAUAUGUGCUGGCCGACCGGGGCUCUCCCUUUACGGCUUCUGGAGUGGAAGGUCAAACCCGGCACUCUUGUUAAUGUGGACUCCGUGUUAGCAGUUUGUGCUCCUAUCGCUCAAGAUAAGGGGGCAGAGGCUGCCAGGCUGCCGGAGAAGAAGGUGAAAUCGGACCGUGCUGGAGUAGUGAAGGAGCUAUGCUGUCAGCUUGGACAAAUCAUUCCUCCCGGGGGUGUCAUUGUCAGAAUUGAAGAAUGCAGCCAUCCCAUAGUGAUGAAGGGUCUCUGUGCCGAAUGUGGCCAGGAUCUUACCCAAUGCACAAAGUACCUGACUCCCACUGUUUUUCGUCCCCCCCCCCCCCCCCCCCCCACCCCCCCCCGGCCGAAUGGGAACCAGCAAACUCCCAUCUCCACAGCAACAGUUUCCAUGGUGCACAGCGUCCCUGAACUGAUGGUCAGCUCUGAGCAAGCAGAGCAGCUAGGCAGAGAAGACCAGCAGAGACUCCACCGGAGCAAAAAGCUGGUCCUCAUGGUGGAUCUGGACCAGACGCUGAUUCACACCACCGAGCAGCACUGCCAGCGUAUGUCCACUAAGGGGAUCUUCCACUUCCAGCUGGGACGCGGGGAGCCCAUGCUCCACACGCGCUUACGCCCCCACUGCAAGGAAUUCCUGGAGAAAAUCGCCAAACUCUACGAGCUGCACGUCUUCACGUUCGGGAGCCGCCUCUAUGCACACACCAUCGCUGGCUUCUUGGACCCGGAGAAGAAGCUCUUCUCUCACCGUAUCCUCUCCAGGGAUGAGUGCAUUGACCCAUUCUCCAAGACGGGGAAUCUUAGGAACCUUUUCCCCUGUGGGGACUCCAUGGUUUGCAUCAUAGACGACCGGGAGGAUGUUUGGAAGUUUGCACCCAACCUCAUCACUGUGAAGAAAUACAUCUACUUCCAGGGCACAGGGGACAUCAACGCUCCACCUGGAUCACGGGAGGCUCAGAUGACCAGAAAAGGUGGGCCCUCAGGCCGACCGGCGGACACCACAGAACAGGCCGGAACGCUUUGUGCCGAAGAACAAAAUAAUGGCCUCAGGAAAAGAGCGAAAGACCACAGCGAGUCUGGACAGGAAGGGUCCACACCACAAAAGUCCUCUCAGGAGGAUCCAGCAAAGGAAAAGACACACCCUGCAGAAGUUGUGGGUGAUGACGUAGGAAAAAGCCAAGGGUCAGAGAAUGAGUCCCAGUCUGCGUCGGAAUCGAAGAUAUCCCAGGCCGAGGACAACUCAAAUGUUAAGGAAGAGGAUGGAAACGAGACACUAGAGUCACAGGAAGGUGCAAACUCAUUAGCACCGGGCCACGAGUCCAAUAAUCUAGAUUUUGACCUUUCUAGUGACAGUGACAAUGACUCUCUAACAGAAAAGCCCGCCUCAUCAGACAGUGAUGGUGAAGGCAAGUCAUACCAGACAAAGGAGUCCCGACAGGAAGGUGAGGGGCAGGAGCCCACUGAUGUGGACGGGAAAAGGGAAAGAGACAGUAAAGUUUGCGUAGAAGUAAAAAAUAGCUCCUCCGACAUGGCCGAACCCUCAGGUGUUCUCCUGCCAGACCCCGAGGUCGGGAACGGAUGCAUAGACCGGAGAGAGCCGGAAACUGAGUCCCAGAAUAGCGAACAGUCUGGAGUCACAAUGGGCGAGGAGAUGCUUGACCAGAGCAUGGAAGACGAAGAGGACGAGGAAGAAGCAGACAACGACCACGACGACCACCUGAUACACCUGGAGGAAGUGCUGGAAAGGAUCCACGCCGAGUACUACGCUCGCUACGAGACCUACCUAAAAAAGGAGACGGCCGAGACGCCAGACAUUCGCAAGAUUGUCCCCGAGCUGAAGAGCAAGACCCUCGAAGGCACGACAUUAGUGUUCAGUGGGCUGUAUCCAACCAACUACCCAAUGGAGAGGACCCGCGAGUUCUACCACGCCAAAGCACUGGGGGCCAAGAUCGGCAAGCACCUGAUCCUCAAGUCUCUAGACCCCAAUCGGACAACGCAUCUCAUCGCCGCGAGGGCAGGCACAGAGAAGGUGCGUCAGGCCCAGGGCUGCAAGCAGCUCCAUGUGGUCAACCCCGACUGGCUGUGGAGCUGCCUGGAGCGCUGGGAGCGGGUGGAGGAGCUGCUGUACCCCCUGAAGGAAGAUUACUCCAAGACACCAAGGAGCAACAGCCCGGCAGCUUUUCUUGACCACCAGGGCUCUCUUCAGAAGCCUCUUUUCCAACCUGCCCCCAUCCACCCCAGACCUCCACCGGCGGCUCCAGAGGUCCGAACGUAUGACUCCGUGACAGGAAAGCUAAUCCGCAGGGGCCCUCCGGCGCCACGCUCCUCGCCUUACCUCCAGCCGACACGUCCUGACCACAGAGAGCAGUCUGGGCUCAGAGGAGCUGCUCAGGGUCAGCAGAAUGAGGCUUCAGGAUCCAGCCAAGACCAGGAGCAGUCGGGCCCGUCCCGCCGCAAACGCCAGCCGAGCAUGUCGGAGGCCAUGCCGCUGUACAUGCUCUGCAAGGAGGAUCUGGACAGCAUGGACAAAGAGGUAAGGAAAGUCUUCAACAGUCGUGUCCAGAAGAAGGCUCACUGUGAACAAACAUGUCCUCCAUGUGACCCCUGGAUCACACUGACCCAGGGCUCCUCUGGUGAGGCCCUCAGCUCACGGCUGUGCUCCAUUAGGCUGAUCAGUCCGGAGCCAGCCUCCUCCUCGCGCCGCAGGCCCACUUCCUCCUUCGAGGGCCUCCGCAGAGGCCUCCAUCUCCACGGCGACAGCCUCUUCCCGCCGUGUCCCGGCUCAGAGAGCUCCUGA